AUGGGCUCACUCCCUUCUCCACCAAGACGAAGAGGCCCACCAUCCCCGGAAAAUCUUCGUUCCAAUCAUGUAGUGGUUGCUGUAUUUUGCCCUAGAGAACCAACCCCAGGUGUGAGUCUCCCCAAUUCAAUCGAGCUCUAUUACCCAUCCUUGAACACAUGGACCUCUGUUGGCCCUAUUCCCGGCCUAGUUGACGACCAAAUCUUAAAGGGAUUUGCUAUAGUCUCCUUGGGGGACUUUAUCUACAUAAUUGGUGGCCAAAUUUGUCAUAAAGAAAGGGUUCAUGUAACUGAUGAAUCUGCUGACUACGUUGAUGAGGGCAUCAAAGUUGUGCAAAAUGUUCUGCGCUACAACAUUAGAACCAACCAAUGGUUCAUUUGUGCACCACUAGGGGUGGCAAGGUAUGAUUUUGCAUGCACAGUAUGUGAAAACAAAAUCUACGUGGCAGGGGGGAAGUCCACAGUGGCAUGUGCACGGGGGAUCUCAUCGGCUGAGGUGUACGAGCCGGAUGGUGACACGUGGAGCCCCAUGCCAAAUUUGCAUAUUUUAAGGUACAAAUGCAUUGGUGUGACGUGGCAAGGGAAAGUUUACAUAGUGGGGGGGUUUGCUGAGAGAGAAGACUCGGAUAAGACAAUGCCAAGCAUAGUGGAAAGAAGUUCAGCUGAGGUGUAUGACACUGAAGCAGGGAAGUGGGACCUCAUAGCUGGGAUGUGGCAAUUGGAUGUGCCACCUAAUCAGAUCGUGGCAGUGAAUGGUACCCUUUUCAGCUCAGGGGAUUGUUUGAAUUCAUGGAAGGGGCACAUUGAGGCCUAUGAUGGGAAACUCUGGAACGAGGUUGAUGGAUCACACAAGAGAAACCUGUGCACAUUAGAGGACAACUAUGAGAAUUGGCCUCUUAAUGAUCAAAGAUUGUACCUAACCAUGGCACCAAUCGGGACUCGUCUGUUCUUUUUGGCAGGUUACAGGAUAGUUGGGGAAGUACCAAGAACUAUGUCUGUUGUGCACAUGUUUGACACUUCAGCUACCACCGAUGCUUGGAGGAGCUUUGAACCAAUGGAAUUGGAGGGUGAGAAAGAACUGUGUAGCCAUUGCUGUGUUGUGCAACUCUCUUGA